AUGCUCCUGAAAUGGAUCCCGAUAUUGGUGAUCCAGCCAAUGUUAUUGGUAAUAUCGGCAGUGGCAAUGCCAAUAGUAAUUUUGUAAAUAACACAAAUGCCGCCGAUCCAAAUUAUUUGGUUAGCGGUGAUGAAAAAGACUUUGACGAACGAUUGCGUAGCAUCUUGAAAUGCUAUGAUCGAUCAUAUGAAGCCGAAACUCUACAACGUGGAGAUUUUUGGGUAUUAAAGAAUUAUGUUCGCGCUGAACAUGGUGAACUUAAGUGCCAUGAAUCGAUAACCUAUACUACACAUGCAGAUUAUACAUUUUUAGAUAAUCUGAUACCAUUGUUGGAAAGAUGGAAUGCUCCCAUUAGCAUAGCAAUGCAUGCACCCGGCACUGAUUUCCAACCAACAUUGGAUUCCAUUAAAUAUUUAAGAGACUGCUUGCCCAAUAGUAAUUUAGUGCGCAUGUAUGCCACUUUCCAUGUAUACUUUAGUACGAAACAUAUCCCCAAAACGAUACCCAAAUACUAUGAUGCUCUCAAGGUGGGCUACAAUUGUACCCUACCGCCGCCAUAUGUCAAUAUCACAUCGGGUCAUUUAUAUAAGACACAAAAGAAGCUGUUGUAUCCGGUUAAUGUGGGACGUAAUAUUGCCCGUGAUGCAGCCAUUACUCACUUCAUAUUGGCCUCCGAUAUUGAGCUGUAUCCAAAUCCAGGAUUGGUUAAGAAAUUCUUGGAAAUGAUUGCCCGCAAUGAGCCUUAUUUGAAUAGGAAGGCACCACGUGUUUUCCCCUUGUCCAUUUUCGAAGUGGAGGAGAGCAGUCCUGUACCCCGUGAUAAAACUGAAUUACAAGAGUUCCUGCGCACGGGCAAAGCCAUACCAUUCCAUAAACGCGUCUGCGCCAGCUGUCAUGGUGUACCGAAAUCCAAAGAAUGGAUGGCUGCCAACGAAACUGACGAAUUAAGUGUCUUCCAUAUUGGAAAGCGAACCGGUUACUUUGUACACUGGGAACCCAUUUACAUUGGAACAAACGCCGAGCCCCACUAUGACGAACGUCUCAGCUGGGAGGGCAAAAGUGAUAAAAUGACACAGGGCUAUGCCUUAUGUGUUCUAGACUAUGAAUUUCAUAUAUUAGACAAUGCCUUCCUCGUACACAAACCCGGCAUUAAAGUCCUGAAAAAGGACACACGACGUGCCAUGCUAGCCGGUAAAACAAAUCAACUGAUACGUAAAAUCAUUUAUCCCGAAUUGAAAAUUAUGUAUGGUACCCGUACCGGCUGUGCCGUAUAGUGGUUAUUGAAGCAUAAAAGUUGAAAAACUUUUCAUGCUCUACGCACUGCUACACAGUUGUCAUUAU